AUGCCCGCAAGGUACCCUAUUACUACUACUGCACGACCUUGGUUCCAGUGGUACAGAGGCCUGAGUUGGAAUCCAACUGCACGCCCAUAUUUGCCAUUACACGUCUCAUCCGUGACUCGUUCAAUUUCGUUGAUCGCCCCGAUUGCUUCCUCCAAGCACCGUUGGGCCCGCUCGUUCUCCCACGCCUCCCCGAUCCUUUCCGCCAACUCUUCAAUCAUGACUCAAAUCGAACGCAUUACAGAGAAUCUGGAGAAGCCGGAGCUUGAUGACCGGUCAUAUCGGGUCAUUCGUCUGCCGAAUCAGCUUGAAGCCCUUCUAGUGCAUGACCCGGACACCGACAAGGCGAGUGCCGCGGUAAACGUCAAUGUGGGCAACUUUUCCGACCAAGAUGAUAUGCCAGGGAUGGCUCAUGCUGUCGAGCAUCUCUUGUUUAUGGGUACAAAAAAGUAUCCCAAGGAGAAUGCCUACAACCAGUAUCUAGCCGCCCACUCUGGCUCGUCAAAUGCAUACACCGCCGCCACCGAAACGAAUUAUUUCUUUGAAGUAUCGGCCACCGGCGACUCCAGCCCCCCAAAGUCUACCGGACAAAACACCCCAACUGAAUCUACAAAUGGAAACAAUGAGAUUGCCAGCGAGGUAUCAUCGACGACUACUGGAGAUGUGGAGGGAAAAUCACCCCUAUAUGGGGCCCUCGACCGAUUUGCCCAAUUCUUCGUGUCUCCGCUUUUCCUAGAAUCGACAUUAGAUCGUGAAUUGCGGGCCGUAGACUCUGAGAACAAGAAGAAUCUGCAGAGCGACCUGUGGCGGUUGAUGCAACUGAACAAGUCCCUCUCCAAUCCCAAGCACCCAUACCAUCACUUCUCGACGGGUAAUUUACAGACCUUGAAGGAGGACCCCCAGAAACGCGGCCUCGAGGUUCGCAGCGAGUUCAUUCGGUUUUACGAGAAGCACUACUCGGCCAACCGGGCCAAGCUGGUGGUCCUAGGACGAGAGACCUUGGACGUGCUUGAGCAGUGGGUUUGGGAGCUGUUUGCGGAUGUGGAGAACAAGAACCUGCCACAGAACCGCUGGGAUGAUGUCCAGCCUUUCUCCGAUGAAGAUAUGUGCACGCAGGUAUUUGCUAAGCCAGUCAUGGAUUCACGGUCCAUGGACAUGUACUUCCCCUUCUUGGAUGAGGAGAAUCUGAAUGAUACGCAACCCAGCCGGUAUAUCAGCCAUCUGAUCGGCCACGAAGGCCCUGGUAGUGUGCUUUCCGACCUGAAAGCAAAGGGCUGGGCCAAUGGGUUGUCUGCAGGGGCUAUGCCCAUUUGUCCUGGAUCGGCUUUCUUCACUAUUUCUGUGCGCCUGACACCGGAGGGGUUGAAAAAGUACCAGGAAGUCGCCAAGGUGAUAUUCGAGUAUAUUGCUAUGAUCAAGGAGCGCGAACCAGAGCAGUGGAUCUUUGACGAGAUGAAGAACCUGGCCGAGGUGGAUUUCCGGUUCAAGCAGAAGACUCCCGCUAGUCGGUUUACCAGCCGCCUGAGCAGCGUUAUGCAGAAGCCCAUGCCUCGUGAGUGGCUGCUCAGCGGAGCUCUGCUGCGACGAUUCGACCCGGAGAUCAUCAAGAAGGCCAUGUCUUACCUGCGUGCUGACAACUUCCGUCUCAUUAUUGUGGCCCAGGACUAUCCUGGCGAGUGGGAUCAGAAGGAGAAGUGGUAUGGUACCGAAUACAAGGUCGAGAAGAUUCCUCAGGACUUCCUGAGCGGCAUCCAAACGGCCCUGCAGUCUACAGAGGCCACUCGUACGUCUAAUGUGCACAUACCUCACAAGAACGAGUUUGUGCCCACAAGAUUGUCGGUGGAGACCAAGGAGGUUGCGGAGCCUGCAAAGACACCCAAGUUGAUCCGCCAUGAUGAGCGUGUCCGUCUGUGGUUUAAGAAGGAUGAUCGUUUCUGGGUGCCAAAGGGCACUGUCCAUGUGACUCUGCGUAAUCCUCUGGUCUGGGCAACACCUGCCAACCUCAUCAAGACGAAGCUCUACUGCGAGUUGGUCCGCGACAGUCUGGACGAGUACUCGUACGACGCUGAGCUUGCUGGGCUGGACUACCAUCUUGCGGCGAACAUUCUUGGACUGGAUAUCUCCGUUGGCGGUUACAAUGACAAGAUGUCCGUGCUAUUGGAGAAAGUGCUGAACACUAUGCGGGGUUUGGUGGUCAAUCAGGACCGGUUCGAUAUCAUCAAGGAGCGCCUGACCCGGGCCUUCCGCAAUGCCGAGUACCAGCAGCCCUUCUAUCAAGUUGGCGACUACACUCGGUACCUACUGUCCGAGCGCAGCUGGGUCAACGAGCAGUACAUUGAGGAGCUGGAGCACAUCCAGUCUGAAGAUGUGAUCAACUUCUUCCCACAGCUGCUUGAGCAGACUCACAUUGAAGUCCUGGCUCAUGGAAACCUGUACAAGGAAGAUGCACUACGCAUGACGGACAUGGUUGAGAAGACUCUCGAGGGUCGUCCUCUACCUCCCUCGCAGUGGUAUCUGCGCCGCAACAUGGUCAUUCCCUCGGGUAGCAACUACGUCUACCCGCGAACUCUGAAGGACCCGGCCAACGUCAAUCACUGUAUCGAGUACUAUCUGUAUAUUGGCUUCUUCUCCGACGAUGCCCUGCGGGCUAAAUUGCAACUGUUCUCCCAACUGACGGACGAGCCUGCAUUCGAUCAGCUGCGUAGCAAGGAGCAGCUUGGUUACGUUGUGUGGAGUGGUUCCCGAUACAAUGCAACCACUAUGGGCUACCGUGUGAUCAUUCAGAGUGAGCGUACCGCUCAGUACCUGGAGUCCCGUAUCGAGGCCUUCCUCCGCGAGUUUGGAAAGACCCUGGAGAGCAUGCCCGAAGACGAGUUUGAGGGCCACAAGCGCAGUGUAAUCAACAAGCGCCUGGAGAAGCUCAAGAACCUGGGCUCUGAGACUAGCCGCUACUGGUCUCACGUUGGAUCGGAGUACUUUGACUUUUUGCAACACGAGACCGACGCUGCCAAUGUGCGUCUGUUGAGCAAAGCGGACCUGAUUGCCUUUUACAAGCAGUACAUUGAUCCAUCCUCGUCCACUCGUGCCAAGCUGUCUAUCCACCUGAAUGCCCAGUCCGCUGCAAGCGCUGCAGAUUCCGAUGCCACCCAGAAGCGGUCUCGCCUGAUCGAGAUGGUUAAAAAGCAACUCGACGCGGCUGGCUUUGCUGCGGACGGCGAUAUCUUAGCCGGGGCCUUUGAACAGCUGGACAUGGCGAUCAUUGACCGCUCCCAGAUUCUGUAUAUUGUCAAGACAUUCCUGGCAACCGAGCUAACCUUGUCAGCGGAGCAGAUUGACGUACUGACCGAGAAGCUCGAGGAAAAUCUUGGUGUUCAGCUGAAGCAGCUUGGACUGGAGCCGGAGACCAACGAGCACACUAACGGGACCAACGGUGCCUCGACCGCCAGCCCUAUCACCAUCACGGACGUGCCUACAUUCAAGGCUCGUCUGCCUGUCAGCACUGGGCCCGUGCCGGUGUCUGAUCUUACCGAAUUCGAGGACUUUGAUGCCAAGCUGUGA